AUCGAUGAUUCUGGCCAUCGAUCUCUAGACCAGGUUUUCUGUUGAGUUAGAGUGUUUCCAGACACAUAGAGAGCACAGCCGCCACAAUGGCCCACGUGCACCGCGCUCCCUUCAUCGUCCCUGCGCUAACGAAGCAUACGGCGACGGUCAUCAUGGCGCAUGGAUUGGGUGAUAAUGGUGCCGGAUGGAUGUCGCUCGCGCAGAACUGGCGUCGACGUGGAAAAUUCGAUGAAGUCGCAUUCAUCUUCCCCAAUGCCCCUAUGAUCCCGAUCACAGUCAACUUUGGAAUGACCAUGCCCGGAUGGUACGAUAUUACAAAGCUUGGUCGUGAUUUGGAUUUCGAAGAGGCUCUGCGUUCCCAGGACGAGCCCGGAAUUCUCCGUUCCCGCGACUACUUCAACACCCUGAUUAAGGAGCAGGUGGAGAAGGGCAUCAAACCUUCCCGUAUCGUCAUCGGUGGCUUUUCCCAGGGCGGUGCCAUGUCCCUGUUCACGGGGAUCACGAACAAGGAGAAGCUCGGCGGUGUAUUCGGUCUGUCCUGCUACCUGCUUCUCAGCGACAAGAUCAAGAACUACAUUCCGGAAGACUACCCGAACAAGAAGACUCCAAUUUUCCUCGCCCAUGGCACAGAUGACAAUAUUGUCCCGUAUGCAUUCGGGUCCGCGUCAUCCAAGACAAUCAAGGAGUUGGGCAUAGAUAAUGUCGAGUUUCACAGCUAUCCAGGCCUCGAUCACGGUGCCGAACCAGAUGAAAUCAACGACCUAGAAAUUUUCCUCCAGAAGGUAAUCCCGCCGGAAAGUGAAGGCGAACCUUCCUCGGGUUUAUGACUCGAAGCAGAUAGCUACGGACAGGCGUCUGGAACAGUAGAAAUACCGGCGACAUAUAGUAACAUCAUUGUGGGUUUGAUGGUUUUCAUUGCGAUGGUUCCGGUUUUGAAAUUUCUCCCUAGGAAUUAGACAGGUACACAGACUCGGAUUCAAGGUAUCUCGAUAGUCGUUCAUAGAGUCAAAAUAUAUUUCUCACCAGUGAUCUAUGGUCAGUCAUAGUUAACUGAGCAUAUAUUGCUUACUAAGAAUGCUGUUUAACC